CCUGCACCACUGUGAAUAGUACUUUACAAUGUCUCCAAAGAAUCUUUGCUAUAUUAUGUCAAUUUAUUAAAAUCUAUUUUAUAAGUGAUAGCUUAAUAUACUAUUAAAUAUGCAUUCACACGUACUCCCAAAUAAGAGUGAGGAUGAGAUGACUGUGGAAGAAAAAUGGAGAGUGCAACAUAUAAAAAUGCACGAACAACAUCAAGGACAUGAAUCUAUGCAUGCAGAAAUGCUUCUUAUUUUACUAGGAACAUUAUUAGUAGCACAAAUUGUAUUAGUUGAAUGGAAGAAAAUACAUUAUAAAUCAUAUCAGCUUGUUACCUUAAUUGCUAUGUGGAUUAUUCCAUUUGGAUUAAGUUUAAAAAAUCAUUGGUGGAGGUUUAUAUUUUUUUGGUUAGUAACAUCUUGUAUAACAGGAUUAAUAGUUAGAAAAGCUGUUCAAAAACCUAUAGCAGGUACAACACCAAGAUUGGUGUAUAAAUGGUUUCUUUUUAUAUAUAAAUUAAGUUAUGUAUUGGGUAUAAUAAGUUACAUUAUAAUGUUAGCCACAUUUUUUGGUUUACAUUUAGUAUUUGAAGUUAAACCACAAAUAUGGAUGGAUUGUGGUUUGCUUUUAUUGUUUUAUGGUUUAUACUUUGGAGUAUUAGGAAGAGAUGUUGCAGAAAUAUGUGCAGAUAAAAUGGCUUCACAUAUUGGGUACUAUGUACCAGGUCAUAUGCCAACAAGGACUUUAGAGCCUGGAGUAUGUGCAGUAUGUGGUAAUAGACUCUUGGUAUCAGAAAAUGAACCUGGUGUUAUUGAAAACACAUACAAACUUAGUUGUGAACAUGUAUUUCAUGAAUUUUGUAUCAGAGGAUGGUGCAUUGUAGGAAAAAAACAAACGUGUCCAUAUUGCAAAGAAAAAGUCGAUUUAAAAAAAAUGUUUUACAAUCCAUGGGAACGACCUCAUGUUUUAUAUGGUCAACUACUAGAUUGGAUCAGAUGGUUAGUUGCUUGGCAACCAUUAAUUUUGUUUCUCGUUCAAGGUAUCAAUUGGGGCCUAGGCCUCGAAGUGAAGCAUGGUUUCGACAAUGGAAACGUGAAUGUGAGUGGAAACUUAGACGAGACUGAUAUAAAAAUACUAUAAUUCCUCAACUGUGCAGAUGCGCGUGUACUGUGACAGGUGCGAGGUCUAAAGGAGGGAUAAGAAUCUUAUUGGACACGCAAAGAAUAAAAAAAAAAAUUACGGAUUUGUACAAAAGAGAGAGAAAUAAACAAUGACAACUCUGUCAGUGAUAUUACUAAAAGUCUUUAAUUUAAUCUCUCAUCAUUAUUCGUUAGCAAAAAACAACUUUUAUCACAACACGCAUUCAUAGGUACUUUUUCAGACCUUCGGACUUGUAGCGAGAGCACCUCAUAUACAUUCAUAUGUAUAUAUUUAUAUAAAUAUUUAUUUAUACACUUACGUCUAAAAGCCUCUCGCUAUUGUCAUGGGAAGAAACUGUACGACAGGUGAGACAAGAAAGGCGGGGUGUAAGAACAUUUAACGGACGUGUCGUAUAAACGGACCCGAUUUAAAAAAAAGAGAGAGAGAGAGAGAGAGAGAAACAAUAUGGGUGACAAAGGAUGUGAAACAAUCGGUUUUGACAGAAUUGGCUGUUGAUGGGGGGUUCAGACGCCACGAAUACGAUGGGAUCGAAAGGAUGGGUUAAAGGGCAGACAAUCACAAACACGGGGAAAUUUUAUAGAUAUAUUUAUUGAGUACUUAGCGUGUAAGAGUAUAGAAUAUAUGUUACCUUAUCAAUUAAAUAUCAUUACAUGGUAAUCAUUAUAUAAUGAUGUAGUCUUUAAAAUAAACCUCGCGCGGACAGACUACGCGUGUUGUGUA